GGCUUCUUCCUUUCUCUUUGGCUGUCAGCUAAGUAUUGGGAGACAUUAUUAUUCUCUCAAAAACAUUUGUUUGGCAACUGAGAAAGUAAAGGAAAACAAGAGAAAAAAAUGAGCGGAACAGUAAAGAAAGUUACAGAUGUGGCAUUCAAAGCAUCAAAAAAAAUUGAUUGGGAAGGUAUGGCUAAGCUCCUAGUCUCCGAUGAAGCUCGCAAGGAAUUCGCCACACUUCGCCGCACUUUCGAUGAAGUUAAUUCCACCCUCCAGACCAAGUUCAGCCAGGAACCUGAACCUAUAGACUGGGAAUAUUAUAGGAAAGGAAUUGGCUCUCGCUUAGUGGAUAUGUACAAAGAGGCUUAUGAUAGCGUAGAGAUCCCCAAGUUCGUGGACACAGUUACCCCUCAAUACAAGCCUAAAUUUGAUGCAUUGUUGGUGGAAUUGAAAGAAGCAGAGGAGAAAUCUCUGAAGGAGUCGGAGCGUUUGGAGAAAGAAAUUGCAGACGUUCAAGAGUUGAAGAAAAAGCUGAGCACCAUGACUGCUGAGGAGUACUUUGCAAAGCAUCCUGAGCUCAAGAAGAAGUUUGAUGAUGAGAUCAGAAAUGACUACUGGGGCUAUUGACCAUAAUAGUUGUUUAUGGCACUUGACCAAAUUUCUGCCCAGAAUUAUGAACUCAAACGUGUUCCUGUUCUUUUGCAAUAAUAAUUGCCAAGCAAUUGUUUCAUGGUAAUUUGGGUGCUCUCGGAUUGUAGAAUUUGAGCUUCUCUGUCAAAUGCUAGAUUUCCGUCUCACAAGAAUGGUUAAAUUUACAAGAUAAUGCUUUUUGUUCAAGCAACAUAAAUAAUCAAUCUUUUUUACCUCCCA